GUGACAUCCUUUCGCAGCUGCAGCAGACGGGGAUGAUGAAUGAUAGCCCGGCGAUGAGCGGUGCGCUAGAGGAUCUCGAGGAGAGCCUCCAUCGUGCCCUCGAGCUCGUCAUGGCCUGCCAGGAGAGGAGCACCAUCCGCCGCCUCAUCGCGGCAGGGCAGCUCUCCAAGCAGCUGCGCCGGGUGAAGGAUGACAUCCUCAACAAACUGAUGCUGGCGUCAUUCGCUAUCAAUGCCCACACCACCAUUGUGUUACUUACCAUUCAGGGUGGUGGCCAUCCUCUGCCGCACCGGCAGCCAGAGGAUACAGGAGUGAUGGAGACAUCAAGUAACAGCCAUUCUACUAAUGAAGCCAGAUCCCUGUUGAAUGACUACACAAACACUGUGCCAGCAGGAAGCAAAGGGCCCUUUCCUCCAUUACUAGGCUUGAGAGAGUUCAAGCUAUCUGAGUUGGAGGCCACUACAAAUAACUUUUCACACAACAACAUCAUUGGCAGAGGUGCCCAUUCUAUUGCCUACAAGGUAUAUGUAUCUGAACAAAUCUAUGGUGACAUUAAUUUUCUCGAAUGUGAAUUACGAUAUUGGACUUCUUAUGAUUUUUUUUACUAUUGUAUGAUUGUAUUGCUAUGCUCAUUCAAUGACGUUUUUAUUGUUGAAUUUUCGUGUGGAGAAUGGGGUUUAUUUAGAAAGAUGCUCAUAAUUUUGCUUAAGAACACAAUACAUGACGACCAAAUUGAGAUAUCUUUGCUCGUUGUUUGGUCUUUAGUUUUUAUGAGCUGACAUUUUAAUUAAAAAAAUGAACAUUCAUGACCACAUGAACUGUUUGCCAUCCUCAUUGUUGGGGUCGAUCUAUAUAUCUCCUAUGAUGGAUGCAAUAUAUAUGCACCAUGUUGAUAAGAUACAAUGUAUAAUUUACUUGUAUAGCAAUCACGUUAUGAUGUCAACCCACACAAAGAUCACGUUGAAUUUGUGGUAGCAUAUAUAUUUCAUCAUCAUUGGAUAGCUGCAGAGACCAGUGUAUGUGGAUAUAGUCAAAUAGGGUGACAACAUAUAUAAUUUCUGGUAUUAUUUUUACUAAUAUGGACCUAUCAUAUGACAUGGUGUUUUAUGCUUCAGGGUGUAUUAAACGAUGGAUACAUGGUUGCCAUCAAGAAAAUUGUAGAGCCAGAUAGAUAUAUUUGGGUACGAAAUUUUGAUAUGCAUGUUCUUGUUUCAAAGCUUCCCCAUGAUAUGAUUAUAUUUUUGCACUACUUAUUGACUGAACUAUAGAUCAUAGCUCAUAACUUGGCUAAUUUCUUUUUUCAUUGAAUCUUCCCCAUGAUAUGAUUAUAUUUUUGCAGGGUCCCGACUUGAUUGGUACUCCCUCUUCCGGAUAAUUGAGGGAGUAGCCCAGGGCAUGCACUGCCUACAUGAGCAAGGCAUUGUCCAUUUGGAUCUGAAACCAAGCAACGUCCUCUUGGAUUCUGAUAUGAAUCCUAAGAUUAUUGAUUUUGGAAUAUCUCAAGUGUUGAACGACAACAAGAGUGAUACCCAUGGUAGUGCUGUACGGGGCACUUGGGGAUAUAUGGCUCCAGAAUACAUGGUAUCAGGUAUUUUAUCAACCAAGAAUGAUGUGUAUGCUUUUGGCAUGACCCUUCUUGAGACUACUAGCAGUAUGCUCAUAUCUAAACCACCUAGAGAACACCCUUUAGAUAAAUGGGCUUGGGAUGCUCGGGAGGAUGGUAGGAUGGAUGAGUUAUUUGUUCCGGAACUGCUUGGUGAUGAGCCUCAGCUAAAGGAGAUCAAGAGGUGCGUGGAGGUAGCACUACUGUGCACUCAGUUUGAUCGAGCAGACCGCCCCCACUUGGAGGAUGUUCUUCAGAUGCUACAUGGACUGAAAGAAAUGCCGACCCCAAAGAAACCAAGUUAUAUGGUGGAUUCUCCUGAUCUACAUGAUGACGACUGGAUUUUUGUGGAGAGGAAUGAUUUACCGUGAACCAACCCAUGAGGGUUGUGAUGUAUAUAUGUUACAAUCAAGGAGAAUUACAGGAAAGAAUCUCAGAAUUACAAUCAUGAUUACAAUCACGGGAUUGCUAAUCAAUCCAAUCAAUUAGCUAUCUCUAUUGCCAUA